UAUUACUCUCGGCUUUGCAAUCGCGACCAAACAAAUGGCUGUUUUGGCAAAGCUGAUAUAUCUACGAGCGUCUCUCUAUUAGAUUGGUACGCCUGCCAUCCAGCGUAGCUUUCAUCGUACUGUUUUUCAAUAUCCCCGAACCACCUUGCGCAAUCGUCAACUCGCACAUCGCAGCCAUGCCGACAUACAAUUUAGCCCAGGUCAAAGAGCACAACAGGCCAGAUGAUGUCUGGUUUGUCAUUCAUAACAAAGUUUACGACGUCACCAAGUAUCUUGAGGAACACCCAGGCGGCAGUGCCAUCCUGCAGGAGGUAGCUGGGCGCGAUGCGACACAGGAAUUUGAAGAUGUUGGACACUCAGAAGAAGCCAAUGAGUGGCUGGAUGGGCUUUACAUUGGCGAUUUACCUGAAGAAGAACUGGCCGAAGAAAUCGAAGUAUAUCGUCCAACAUUCGAGGCAGUCUCGCAAGACACUCAAAUUGUGGCUAGACGUUCUGGAAGUUUGGUCACCAUGUUAGGUAAAUUGGGACUUACUGGAUCUGUCGGUGCAGCAGUCUGGGUUAUAUUUCAAAAGAAAGCACCGCACAUCGACUGGAACUCCUUAUUGCGACAAGGUGGCCCAUCACUACCUCGGCCAAAUGGGAACAUGUGGUUAGGUAUUGCUGUUGCGACCAUGAUUCAAGCGUCAGCGUCACUCGGCAUAGCGGCCCAUAUUUGGUCUAAGAUAGACCUCCACAGCGGUGUACGUCACAAACCACGUCGAGUCGCCCGACCCGACAGAUAUGUUGUUGUCAGGCGUGCUCCAACUUCAGCGACCCAAACACCGUCCACUACACCGAGACCAAGCGUGCUGGAUGCGAAGCAGUACCGGCCGUUCAAACUGAUCCGUAAAUCUCUUGUGGCUCCGAAUACCUAUCGUUUUGUCUUCGGCCUGCCUUACCCAGAUUCCAGCUUAGGCCUACCUACAGGGCAACACAUUGCCCUGCAAGCCGUCAUCAACGGGAAGAACGUGUCGAGGUCCUAUACACCCAUCUCGAAUAACAGUGAUCUUGGGCGGAUUGAGUUGAUAGUCAAGGUAUACCAGCAAGGUCUGAUGACCCAGCAUCUCGCAAACAUGCAAGUCGGGCAAACGAUUGAUAUCAGAGGGCCGAAAGGAUCAAUGCAAUAUGGAACUACAUAUGCAAAGAGGAUAGGCAUGAUUGCUGGAGGAUCAGGAAUCACGCCAAUGUACCAACUUAUUCGUGCCAUCUGCGCAGAUGACUCCGACAAUACCCAGAUUAACCUUCUGUAUGCCAACAACACCGAGGAAGACAUCCUCCUCCGAGAGGAGCUUGACAGUUUCACAGUCCAGUGUCCGGAGAAGUUCAAGGUCCAGUACGUGCUAGCAAAGCCUCCGGUAGACUGGUCUGGCGAGUCUGGAUUCAUCACCAAGGACAUGGUUGCCAAAUACCUGCCCGAGGCAGCAGAAGACUCCAAGGUGCUCUUGUGUGGGCCACCGCCCAUGAUCGAGGCGACGAAGAAGAACCUCGCCGGAUUGGGUUUUGAGGCUCCUAGCGCUAUAUCGAAAGCGACGGACCAAGUUUUUUUAUUCUAGUAGGAUCCAUGGGCGAUGCUUGAUUGUUACUGUACAACCCGCGUGUCGUCUUCGGACAACUGCACCUGUAUAUUUUAGAGCCUCCGAUAUUAAGAAAUAGAUUUAUCACUC